UACAGAUACACUUCGCACACAACACAACACAACACAACAUAACAUAGCCCAACCCCACACUGUUAAAAACAUAAAAAGCAAAAGCAAAAGCAAAAGCAAAACCAAAACAAGAUCGAUCUCUCAACUCUCGAUUCGCUCCAUUUCCUCUUUGAUUCAACAAAAAGCGUUUGUUACAAAUGGCUGAAGCAAAGUCUGCUAUGAGGAAACCAGUGUUCACUAAGGUUGAUCAGCUGCGACCUGGCACCGGUGGACAUAAUCUCAUUCUGAAAGUUGUUAGUUCGAAGACGGUGUUACAAAAAGGCCGACCAGAUGGCCCCCAGGUACGCCAAAUGCGGAUUGCUGAGUGUUUGGUUGGAGAUGAAACUGGGACAAUUGUAUUUACUGCAAGGAAUGACCAAGUGGACUUGAUGAAGCCUGAUGGUACUGUAAUAUUGCGCAAUGCUAAAAUUGACAUGUUCAAGGGGUCAAUGAGGCUUGCAGUGGACAAGUGGGGUCGUGUAGAGGUGACUGAACCAGCCAGCUUCACCGUUAAAGACGAUAAUAACCUGUCAUUGGUUGAAUAUGAACUGGUAAACGUUGUGGAAGAGUGACUCUUGGAAAUGUGGUCACUACUGCUAAUCCGGGCCAAAACAACUCAAUCAGGCAAGAUAGGAUUUUGUGGUUUAUGAGAUUGUCAAAUCAAUAGUUAAGUUGUUUUUCCAGGUCAUCCUGUUUGCACAAUGCUUGGGAAAGUUCUUGUUUAGGAAGAAAAAUCUUUGGAAUUAUGUCUAAAAGAAAAAGUCUGAUUGCUCCUUGGUGGCUGUCAAGGUGGAAAAAUUAGAAGCCCUACCACCACUGAUUUCAGUCAGAUGAGAUAAAGGAACUUGCUUUGGUUGUUUAUUUAUGUUAAAAACAUGGAUUGCUCCUGUUCUUGAUAUAUAUACAUAUGAAUAUUGUGCAAACACUGUUCCUAGAAGUGUUAUCAGAUUUAUCUUAAA